GGAGAUUCUGAUGAUGCAACCGAUGGUGGUGCAGCAAGCGCGGCGCUCGCUGUGGCGAAUGGCUCGCUGGUCAUCUCAGUCGCCCCCGCGGAUACUGGCGCAUAACCUUUCGACACAAGCGCCCAGUGCAUCUACUCACGCAGUCAGCUUCAACAACGAGGAUAGCGCCACUCCCACCGAGUCCCUGGACAAGCCCCAGAGCCGUAAGACUACGACUAGUACCAAGAGUUUCAACCUCAUGAGUACGCACUCGCCGGGGACUCGAGACGCAGCGCAGAGCAACGGACCCAGCUCUGCGAUCUGGAAGCAGUCGCCCAAGAAGAACCGAUACCGCCGGAAGAAGGGCAAGGGCAACAAGUGGUGGGCAGAUAUGGAUCGUGUGUCCUUCCGCGUGCUGCUGACUGAGGGAAUGAGCUCUAACAAGGUCUCGGCGAUGCUGCGCAAGUAUAUGGAUGAGUUCCCGAUCCUGAACAACAAUUGGACGGACCAAGAGCUGGUCAUGAUCGUCUGCACGCUCAUCAAGAUGAAUCGCAGCAAAAUGGCGCUCGAUGUGCUGCGUAACCAGAUUAAGGUGCCCAACCGCGACCGUCUCAACCGCGUUGCAGCAGCGAGUGCCAGAAUGGGUAAUCCACAGGUGGCUCUGGGGGUGCUGGAGAUCGCCAAGCACUUCAACUUAGCACCAGACGUGAUUACUUUCACUAGUGCCAUCCACGCCUGCGCUCGCGGCGGCAAGUACGAUGCCCCCAUGGCUCUGACGUUGCUGAACGAGAUGAUAUCCUCUAACGUACAGCCUAAUGCACGCACGUACGGCGCAAUGAUCCUGGCGUAUGCGCGAAUGGAACGCUGGGAGGAGAUCGUGGAGCUUGUGAACUCUAUUCCAUACAUGGACGACGCACACAAGACUGAGGUGUUCACGUGUGCAAUUAUCUCAUGUUCGCGCAAUCGCCAGCAUCACUAUGCUUCCAGACUCUUCAAGUUGUUACUAGAAGACGGAGUUUAUCCGGGUGAUAACGUCUGCAACGCCGCUCUUAGCUCCUGCGCACGGACUUCGGACGUGACACAACUUCGCCGCAUCUUCAAAGUGGUGGAGAAUCACGCUGUACCCUCGACGUACUCGUACAACUGCAUGAUCUCGGCCUAUGGCAAUACUCGCAACAUGGAGAAGGCGCUUGAAGUCUUCGAAGACAUGCGGAGUCAAGCUACAAUUUCCCCAGAUAUCGUCACUUACAACUCGCUGCUACUUGCUGCAGUACGCUCACGGAGACUGGACAUGUUUCCUUUUAUUUUGUCACUGAUGAGCGAAGCUGGUAUCAAGUGGGAUUCUAUCACGCUCAACGUUCUAUUGGAGGGCUGCGCUUUGAACGGCGAUGUGGUACUGGCCCAGCACUACUGGUCACAAGCGACUCAAGGCAAGGAUGCGUUUUCAGUGGAUGAGCAACAUGUUUCCCUGGAUCGCUGGCACUUUGAGGUGCUUAUGUCUGUGUACUACAAUGCGAAGGAUUAUAAGGCCAUCGUGGAUUUGUGGCGGAAGAACAGGAACUGCCGACGCCGAGCAAAAAGCUCCAAGUCUCUCAACUUCCUGAUUCGUGCGUGUGAAGGUCUAAAGGAUGACAAGACGGCAGUGGCGAUCCUGGCUGAGUUCGCUGAUCGUGGCCAACCUCUUUCAUCCGUUACGCACCACCACAUGCUUGAAGUCUUCCUAGCUGCUGACAAGUACGCGGCGGCGUCGGCUUAUCUGCACAAGAUGAUGGAGACGGACGGCUUAGUGUCCACCUUCGCAUUCACUGCGUUCAUAAAGUAUCUGGCCAAGAACAAACGCCACUCGGAUGUGCUGGCGAUGUUUAAUCUGUACCUGGAAACUCGCGAGUCUAAAGGGCAGAACUCGUUGCUGGAAUACCCAAAUGAUGCUGUCUACGUGCUGGCGAUGCGCUCGGCCGUGGAGCUUGAGGAUCACGAGACUGUGCUUGCGAUCUACAGUAGUUUGCCGACCAAUAUGUCGAUGGCUGUUCAUACACAACUGCUCGUGUUGGCUGUGUCGUCGUGCGAGCGUGAGGGGGACUGGCGUGCUGCUGUGACGAUGUAUGAUGAGAUGACUGGGAGACUGGAUGAAGACACGAAUGUGGAAAUGUACAAGCACAUUGUCAAGAUUGUCGCCAGUGCUGGAGAGUUUGAUCGUGCCCUCGACGUGGGUGGUGGUCAGUGGUACCGACAGAAUAGACCCGACCAAGGCUGGGGACUGUAAGUCGAAGUGUCAGACGCAAGUGUCGUGCAAGUUUUGUAUCCUGUUACUCCUCGGGUACUCCAAAAACUGGCCAGCAUCCGAGUAGUAUGAGAUGACGGCACGUAAUAAUGCGAACUCGUUCACUAGAAGCUAACUGUAUUUGGGUGAAAAUCUACUCCAUCCAUUUGAUAGAGCCCACCAACAGAUUGCGCGAAGGCAGCGGACCCGGUGACGGCACAAGCAGCACCAGCUUUUGUUCGGCCACUCGAACCUCCUUACUGAACAACAAAACAAGUGCAAAAAAAUGUAAGGAAAGUCUUAUCAAUGCAAUCAUAUCACUGGCACACACGUACAUGAACACGAAGCCUGCUGCAGGGGCUCCUAGGAGCCACGAGAGGUCUGCUGACGAGAAGGAGGAAGCGUCUUGGCCGUGUCGCGGGUGUGCAACAGCCGCCAACGAGUGCCCAAGGUCAGCCGUUUUCUCCACGGACACCACGCGCAGGCGGUCGGUCUGCGUCUCCACUUGACCCACUGGAAGCAUCACGUCCGACACCUUCAUGUCUGUGCACGGUAGCAUUAAAUACGUCAGUAGUAGCCCACUCAAAUCUUAAACAUACCACCGCGUACCUUUAAUCGCGAAGAAUGAAACGUCAUCGAACGAGAACUCAUUGAUACAGGGCGACAGCGUGGGGAUUGCUAGACUCAGCGAGUGAGCACCGUAAAAGUAUUCGCGAAUGCAGCUGAUACGCGCCGCCGAGCGCAUUUUGCUGUUUAGCGGGACCACUCCACCCGACCGCGACAGCUUGACGAUGGACCUAUCCACGCCAUUCGCGUUCGCACCCGUCAGCGCGCUUUGUAGGCGGCUGUAGAGUCUAUCCUGACCGAUGACCAGCACAACGUCGACGUCGAAGUCC